AUGCCUUCUAUCGAUGUGAUGCUCCCGCCGGGGCAACCACACGAAACGUCUCCAGAAGAGCCUCAAGCACCCCCAGCUCCAGUUAUUGGCAUUAUUUAUCCACCACCUGAAGUUAGGAACAUUGUUGAUAAGACUGCUAGCUUCGUAGCUAGAAAUGGGCCAGAGUUUGAAGCACGCAUCAGACAAAAUGAACUUGGGAACCCAAAGUUCAACUUUCUUAACUCUGGAGACCCAUAUCAUGCUUACUAUCAGCACAAGGUGAAAGAAAUAAGGGAAGGAAGGGGCCCUGACACAGCUGUUGGUCCAAUUGGUCCUCCAAUUCAGCGACCUGGUCUUGCUCCGGCCACUGCUGCUCGCCAACAAGAACUCCUUAAAGCCGCCGCGCCAGCUGAACCUCCACCACCACGCGAUCCACCUCCAGAUUUCGAAUUUAUUGCUGAUCCACCUUCCAUCUCAGCACUGGAACUUGAUAUUGUCAAGUUAACUGCUCAAUUUGUUGCCAGAAAUGGCAGACAGUUCUUGACCGAUUUGAUGAAGAAAGAAGAGCGCAAUCAUCAAUUUGAUUUUUUGCGCCCUCAACACUCUCUUUUCCAAUAUUUUACAAGGCUUUUGGAACAAUACACCAAAGUAUUAUUGCCACCCAAGGAACUGGUUUCGAAACUGAGUGGUGAAAUACGUAGCGGAGUACUAGAACAAGCUAGAAGUAGAGCUGCUUGGCAUUCGCACCAAGCUAGACGUAAAGCAGCGGACGAGGCAAGAAUUGAAAAAGAAAGAUUGGCAUAUGCAUCAAUUGAUUGGCACGACUUUGUCGUUGUGGAAACUGUUGAUUACCCAGCGGGAGAACCCGGUGAGUUCCCGCCACCGACAACUCCAUUAGAGGUUGGUGCCCGAGUGCUAGCUCAGGAACGAGGUGAAGAUAUCACUCAUGGAAAUGAAGAGGACGAUACUGAGAUGCAGUUGGAGUCUGAAACAGAAUCUGAGUCAGAUGAUGACCUAGCUGAGAUGGAAGAUAGAACUCAUCAGCAACAACGCCCCGACGACAACAGGGUUCAAGACAUGGAAGAAGAGAGUUCUUCGUCUGAAGAUGAGGGGCCUCCGGAGCCCCCCAGAGCUGGAGAGGAAGCCCCAUUACCACCUCGCCCAGAUCGUGUGGUGGUAAAGAAAUACGAUCCAAAGCGAGCUCGUGCCCAGCCUACGCCGGCUAGCGAAGAGUGGCUGGUGUCACCAAUUACAGGAGAGAAGAUUCCAGCAAACAAAGUGGCUGAUCAUAUGAGAAUCGGUUUGCUUGACCCGCGCUGGCUGGAACAGAGGGACCGCGCUGCCGCCGAGCGAUCUGAUCGUGAUGAAGCACUUGCUCCUGGCGCUGCCAUCGAAGCAUCUCUUAAACAGUUGGCAGAGCGUCGUACUGAUAUUUUCGGUGUGGGCGAUGAGGAAACAGCAAUUGGUAAGAAGAUCGGUGAAGAAGAGAAAAGACGUGACGAGCGCGUGACGUGGGACGGGCACACGUCCAGCGUGGAGGCGGCCACGCGAGCGGCGCGCGCGCACAUCACUCUGGAAGAUCAGAUCCAACAGAUACACAAGGUGAAAGGUCUCUUGCCUGAUGAAGAGAAAGAGAAAAUUGGUCCAAAACCAGUACCAACCGCAGCUAGAGGGCAGAUGGCGCCCCGGCCUCCCCCACCGCCUGCGCCGCGCGCGCCCGCCCCCGCCCCGGCCGCCCCACAGCCUGUCCUGCUGCAACCCAUCCCUCCCCUCAUGGUCAUACCACCUCUUGCACCUCGACCUCCUCUCAUACCUACACCAGUGGGUGCACCCUAUGGCUUCCCAGUGCCAGGGGUUCCGGGAGGCGUAGGGGUUCCAGUGCCAGGAGCACCCCCCGAAGAGGAUGAGCCCGCAGCAAAGAGGCCGAGGACUGAAGAUGCGCUGGAGUCGGAGCAGACCUGGCUCGCUGCCCAUCCGGGACCAACGCCAUUGCAGGUGGUACUCCCAUCAGCUCCGGAGCGCAGUGAGUGGCGCCUGGACGGUCGCACGCUGCAGGUGUCGCUGCCGCUGUCCGCAACAGUUGCAGAGCUCAAGAAUAUACUGCAGCGCUCCACUAACAUGCCCACUGCUAAACAGAAGCUACAUUAUGAGGGUCUUUUCUUCAAAGACACUAACACACUGGCAUACUACAACGUGCCACCCGGCGCUCUCGUACAGCUGCAAGUGAAAGAACGCGGUGGAAGGAAGAAA